CCACUGUCGCGACACACUCACCACUUUCACCAGCAGUCAGACAUGGCUUAUCUUCUUGGAUGGAAAGACAUCCUCAGACCAAUUCGCGAUGGGUACCGUCAUUUGUUCCCUACCCCGGACACUGGGCCUACGCCGGAAGAGAGACGCCAACAGCGCGCAUUAGAUCGACUAAAGGGUUUCGCCUACUUCGAUACCUUUGAUCAAUUGGAAUCGUGGACCGAGGCUAACUCUGACCCUCUACAAAGAGCCAAUACACCGCUGUUGCGAACCACCGGUGCAGUUCCGACCGAAGACCGCAAAACUGGUCUUCUGCUGAUUCAUGACUAUUCUGGCAACUACCAUGACUACGAAAGCGUGCAGUCCAUCGGUGUAGACAAGGAACUCUACUCGUGUGAAUAUCUCCAGUUUGUUGAUACUUUUGUCUACUUCUCUCAUAAGCUGGUCUGCGUGCCACCACCCACAUGGACGAAUACGCUUCACAGGAACGGUGUGGAAGCGCUGGGCACCUUUUUGAUCGAGCCACAGACUGAAGGCUCGGAACGGGUGUUGCAGCAUACGACAGAAGAGUCUGGGAUAAUGAACUUUCCCAUGGUGAAGAAGCUGGUCUCCAUUGCAACGCACUUCGGUUUCGAUGGCUGGCUGAUCAACAUUGAAAAGCCGUUCCCAAGCGAUGUGUGGGAUCCAGAGGUCCUAGAAGCGUUUCUACGCCAGCUGAAGGCCGAACUAGGAGCCACCAAACGGCUCAUAUGGUACGAUGCGCUCACCAUUUCCAACAAAAUAUCCUAUCAGAAUGCGCUGACCAGCUCCAACCUCAAAUUUGCCGACGCAUGCGAAAAUCUACUCACUAACUACUGCUGGACGGAUAUUGAUGUUUCUGAAUCAAUAAAGCUCGGACAAUACGCUGGCUAUUUUGGCCGUUACGCUGAAGGCAAGAAGAAGAAUAUUUACUUUGGCGUGGACGUCUGGGCCCAAAACAAGUCUAGCUUUACCCAUCCUCGCGUCACAUAUCCUGAAUAUGGGGGCGGUGGUACAAACACUGGAGUCGCAUUGGCCAGACUCUCAGAUACAGGUCUGUCGGUUGGCGUCUUCGCGCCCGCAUGGUCAUUCGAGCAUUUUCCAGGCCACGAGCGGGAUGUCGAACACACCGUCUGGGAAGGCACACCACUUCCGGAGAGCAUUGAGUGCACCUGCGGAGAUUGUGCAUCGCGUCACCCACCAAACAAAGAGCUUCCAAUUCUACGAACGGCAAAAGAACGCGUCGCGGGUUCAGAACAUUUCUUCUACACCAGCUUCACUCGCGCAUUCUCAACACAUGAUGACGACGCAAAACACCUAUUCAACAACAGCGAAACGCACUCACAACUGGGCUCGCAAUCCGUUCUUCCACGUCCAGCCAGCCUCUUCCCCGAAGGCGAACACGCCCUUCUAUCACAUCACAUAGAACACGAACACAACCGAAACGUCCUAGUCAUCGACUUCAUCCAAAAACAGGCGACCGGUGACUGGGGCGUACAAGCCUGGCUUCCUCUGUACAAGCUCGACAUGCCGGCUGAUGGGUCCUUGCAACUUUCCAUGGUGCUAGACAGCGACGAAGAUCCUAGGACGCCGGAAAUGGAGUGCAUGACGAUUGGACUAUACUUUAAAACGGAAAAGGCUACGCAAUAUCGAUCGUGCAUGCCGAUCGCGGCAAGUUCGGAGUGGGAAACUACGGCUCUUGUCUAUAGAUUAGCGCAAUCAUCAGAAGCCUCUUUAAGAAGUCUACAUUCGCCACGAGCAUCGCUACUACUCGACUGUUCUAUACAAGCCCGGCAACUCCACGCAUCUACCAUGAUGUCAAGUCCAGCAAAACGUAAAGCCGAGAAAGACAUAUCACUACCGAAGCCGAAGAAAACAAAGCCGACAACAAAGGCGAAGACAGAGAUCCCGGCAUACCAUCUCACCCCAUCAAGACAAGACGAGUCUGGAGAGAAUGUUUGGCCAGCAAGGAAAGAGCAGAUUAAACGCGCGCGAGAGAUCAUUAGAGAAUGUGCUGAAGCGCAAAAACCAACCGUCAUCCUACCCGACAAGGAUGCAGACGGGCUUUCCUCUGGCGCCAUACUCCAUCAUACCCUCACCGCACUAGGUUUAUCACCUGACCUCAUAUCUGUUUACUUUCCACCAAAAGGCUCCAAUGUACAUGAUGAAACCACAAAGCAGGCCCUGACAGCACUAUCACCAUCCUACAUCUUCAUUCUAGAUCAAGGCAGCCGGAAGACACCGCCUGUCAUCGACUCACCCCACACAUGCCUCGUAGUAGACCAUCACUUUGCAGAUGAAGGCGGCUUCCCAGAAGGCAGCGAUUACGUGACGGCUCAUGACUGCCCGCCUGUUGCAACCAGCGCACUACUCACAUACACCAUCUGCCUACCACUCCACCCAGACUUACACAACAAGAUAUCCUGGUUAGCAGCCUUGGGAACGCACGGCGACCUAGGAAGCAGCAUUAAAUGGGAGCCGCCCUUUCCAGAUAUGGUCGCAACAUUCAAGCAACAUCCCAAAAAGUCAAUCAACGACGCCGUAGCACUAGCCAACGCACCACGCAGAUCAGCAGCAUACAACGUGCGCGACGCCUGGGACGCCGUCAUCUCCGCGAGCAGUCCCGUCGACAUCUCAAAAGCCGACAAGCUGAAAGACGCGAGCAUGGAAGUACGACGAGAAACCGAAAGCUGCACCCACACAGCCCCAAAGUUUUCCGCCGACGCCACAAUCGCCGUCCUCACCAUUUCAUCCGCCGCGCAAAUCCACCCCGUCAUCGCAACCCGCUGGUCCGGCACCCUCAAAUCCAACAAACUUGAAAUCGUCAUGUGCGCAAAUGAAGGAUACCUACCCGACAAAGUCAACUUCUCGUGUCGCGUUGCCAAGUGUGCGAGAGCGCGCGAAGGAGAGGAGAAAGUCGACAUUAUCAAGAAGCUGGAGGGUAUUGUGGCAGGUGACAAGGCGUUGAGGAAGAGGCUUGGGGAGAGCUUUGCGAGGGGUCAUAAGGAAGCUAGUGGGGGGAUUGUGGGGAAGGACGAAUGGGAAGAGUUCAAGAAGUUGAUGGGGGUUGGGGAGGGGGGGAGGAAGAAGGUGGAUGGGAAGAAGGAGGAGAAGCCGACGCAGAAGAAUACACUGGCGAAUUACUUUGGGAAGAAGGAGAAGGGUGGAAAGGUGGAAGGGGCUUAG